UCUUCGCCGUUGCACUGAGAUAUGGCCUCUCUACAUUCCAGUUGGCGUUUUGGCAAAAAAAGAAGCAAACUACAAUUACGCAUUAAUGUCUCGCAAGAUCCCGAGGACUUUUACCGGUUGGAUCCAACGAAAUCGGCAGCUGAAAAUGCGUAUGACAUCUAUGCCAUGCUCUGCGUGGAAGAGACGCGGGAUACGAAGCGUCUCUUUCUGCUCAAUGCUCUGGCCUCCCUAUGCCUGGCGGCCACCUCAGGAUCGCCGCACAACAACAUACGCUUUAGCACGGAGGAGCUUCUCUAUUGUCUAAGCGCCUCGCUGGUGCACACCUUUACGCAGGUGCGUGCGGCAGCGCUGCGCACCAUACGAUAUACGCUGAGCACACCAAAGGACAUCAAGACGUUCAAUUCGCUGCAGUUGCAGCAUCUGCUAUGCCGCUCCAUCGAUCUGAUGCUAAAGAACGACGAUGAGCGUGUCCAGGCACUGAAGCUGGUGCGCAAAAUGCUGGCGAUAGCACCAGAAGACAUUAGCCCGGUGGUGGUCAGAUGCCUGGUUUCCUUGGCCGACAGCGGCAUCGAGGAGAGCGACAAUCUGCUGCGUGCCUGCCUGGCGACCCUAGCGGAGUUCGCCGUGCUCAACCCGGCCCUGCUGAUCGUAUGCGGCGGCGUCUCAUCCAUAACGCGGAAUGUGCUGGAGUGCCACAAUCCACGCAUCGCCGAAAGCCUCUGCGGUGUGCUGCUCUAUCUGCUCGAAUGGCCGCAGACGCGCAACAUUUGCGGCGUUCGACUCGACUGCCUGGCGGCACCUUAUUGUGAUUUCACGUAUGGACUAGGCAUCAUGGAUAAAAACAAAGAUGCGCGCGAGCUGCGCUAUACCAGCUGUCGACUGGCGUUACUUUCUGUGUUACGCAGCUGGACGGGCACGCUCGAAUUCUGUGAUCCAAGCAAACCUUCAGGCUUGAAAGCAAUAGUUGAUGCUUUAUAUUUAAAUCAAAUUGAAGUUCGAAAAGCAAUAUUGGAUUUGCUUUACGAGCUGCUGUCGGUGCCGCAGCCCGGCUGGACGGAUGACUAUGACGUUGCGCUGCAGACGGUGGAUCCGUCCGACUUCCAGGACUCUUGGCUGCUGAGCAACGGCUUUGUGUCCGCUGAGGGGCGCUCGAUAUUGCCCAGCUUGGCAGCGCGUGCGCCCAAUGUGGUUGAGCAGCACUUGGCGCUGUUGCUCUACUGCUUCCUGGAGACGGGACUGCUCAAUGCGCUGGUCGAGGUGGCCGUCGCGCCCGAUCAAUUUGUAUCGGUGCGCGCCACGGUGCUAAUUGCGAAGAUCCUGCAGCUGAUGCACACGCACUUGCCGGCGGAUAUAUUCAGCACGAGUCCGGCGCUGCCAACGCUGGUUGGGCACGCCACGCAAGGCAAUCAGCAGGCGAAUGCAGCUGUCGCUGCGUUGCAAAACUAUCAGAAGAUUCUGCGGCAAAGGCCGGCGUCGUGCAGCCUGUUCCUUGAUAGCAUUAUACAGGGCGGUGCGCUCAUACAGACGCGUCUCUUCCGGCGCAAUAUCAGUGCACAGGACCAAGGCAGUGCCUUGCAGCUGCAGGAUACGGCUGGGGCGGCGGCAGCGGCCGUGGCCAUGGCAUCCUCGUCCUUUUCACCUGGCUACAGAGGCACGGCAACCCUGGACCGACAGCGACUGGACUCGGUGUCGUCCAGCGACGAGUCCAAUUCGCAGGCAUCGAGCUCCCUGCGCUCGAGCUUUAGACUGAAGCGUAAGUUUCUGCCGCAGGUGUUCAACCUCGACAAUUUGCGUGCCUUAAAUCGACUUUUGCACGAGUCCCAUGUGCUGGUCCAGGCGGAUGCGAAUGCCUGGGACUGGGAGGUGAUCAUCACCAUACUGAGAUCGAGUUUUAUACGCAAGCUGGACUACACGCCGGGCAAAUUCCUAAAUAAAUUCCUAAAGCGCUUGGUGGACUUUUACAAGCCGAGCAACAAUCGCUUCUCACAUCAAGAUCUGGUGCCAGGCUACUCAAUGCCGUCGUACGUGAGUGCCGGCCUCGACCUAAUUGAUGUGCUGCUCGACAGCAGUGAGCUGGAGUGCAUGCGCUACAUAACGGACUACUUCUCAGACGUCAGCCAACAUCUGCUGGCAGUGACCACCUCGAGUCGGGCCCACGACUGUCUGUUCAGUCCGCAGCAUAUGAACAACACCAUGUGCCAGCAAUACUUUCUGUACAUUGGGCGCAUGUGUCGCUCCGCCAAGGGAAUUGAAGUGCUUAAGAACACAACCGUAUUCGAAUAUCUGUUUAUACUGGUUCAGCAAACAGAUCAUGUCUGCUAUGUGAAGCUGAUUGUCUCGGGGCUAAACUACAGCCAUGAGAAGCUGCCGCGACAGGUGCUGGAGAAGGCGCUGACGCAGGCCAAGACGCGCAGUGGACGAUUGUAUGCCACGCAGUUUCUGGCCGUGCUGCUGCGCGCACGCUUGCCCAACUUUGAAGUUUGGGGCUUACCACUGAUCAUACAGCAAACCAAGGAUGCGGAUGGCAGCGUUGUGCUGGCCGCAAUGGAUGUGCUCGAGGAGGCAUGCCAUGACAAAUACUAUCUGGAGGAGAUCGUUAGUCUCUGGCCCAAUCUAAAGAAAUUAGGCGACGUGGGCCGCCUGCUGAUGGCCCGCUUCUAUUCGCUAUCGCGCGGCCUUAACAGCAGCAAGGCUCACAUCGAGGAGGAGAUCAAGUAUUGGCGCACUGGCUACAACAAGCGCUACGUCCUGAUCGUCGAGGCCGAGACCCACUCUUGUCUCACGCUGCAUGUGCGCAACGAGGAUGGCUACUACUCCAGGCGCAACUGCAACCAGAGAGCGCAGCAAGUCCCGCCCAACAUAGCGCCGCAUCUCUAUGGCCAGAUGGUGCAGACCACCCAGGGCAUGACAGCGCUGCGCAAGUACGCCGACUUGCCCCAAGUGCUCGAGGUGCUGACGCGUGGCAAGUGCAACGACGAUGCCGAAUGCCUGGAGCUGAAGGCGGCCAUUUGGGCUCUAAGUCAUGCCUCAACGCAUUCGAAUGGCAUCGAUUACUUUGUGGAAAUAGGCGCCAGGCUCUAUGAGAAGCUCAUACUGCUGGUAACCCAGUGUGAGGUGUACUCGGUGCGGGCGACUUGCUUCAGCGCAUUGGGUCUAAUCGCUGGAACACAGGCGGGCGCCAAUUUGCUAUUCAAGCUAAAUUGGCUCAGCGUGCGACACGAUCGGAACACGAUGUGGCCCGUUCAUCAGCCGGAGGACUGGAUGUCCAGCCAGUUCACACCGGUGCGUCAUCACUAUGAGGACAUGCCGCCGUACAACUAUAUGGGUAUUGAGGAUCAAAUCGAUGCUUCCUACGAUGCUGGCAGCUGUUGGAAUCUGCAGGAUGCCAAUACCACAACUACAACGACCACAGACAGCGCCCGGACCACGGCUGAGGAGUUGCAGUUCGGUCGAUCGCUCAACAUUAGCGGAGUCGCCGCCAAAUCGAAGACUCUGCCGGAGGGAAGCAAUGUGCGCCAGGGCAAACACCAACGCUCGCUGUCCGAAUCAAAGACAACGGACGUAUUUAGUCUGAUAGGCGGUGUCUCCAGUGCGCCAGGCGUUGGCUUCUGUCCCAUGCACUAUCAGCAUCGCAUACGCUACAAUUCCUGCACAGACUCGAAUACGUCGGGCGUCAGCAGCUGUGAGUCGGUGACGGGGCGAACGGCGGCCGCAGCCGCUGCUGCUGGUGUUAUCAACGUCAGUGACUUUCAGCAGUUUCCGCUCAGUCCCAUCCAGAGCAUGUCCAACCUGCAAGAGAUGCCGCCGCAUCACGCCGACAAGCUGCGGCGCCGCAUUUCCCUGCUGGGCACCACGUUUCUGCAGCCAGCGCUCAGUCCGCUGGCAAUGGAAGGCUAUGCGAAACUGCGCUCGCUGCGCGCUCGCAGCCGUCCGGUGUUCUCAGAGUCGGCGGCGGAGCUCUACGACUUCAUCGACAUUGUGGAUAGGGGCGAGGUGCAGCCGCGCAAGUACUCCUGGGGCGAAUCCCAUCGCCGGAUGAAGGUGCGCAGCUUGGAUCGACAGACGAUGCUGAAUGUAUUCACACGUCUCUCGUCGGAGGAACUGCAGGUGCCAUUGCCCACGCUGAACACGCCCAAGUUUCUGCCGCAGAACGAUCUACAAGGACCGUGCUACACGGGAAUCUGUUUGCCGAAGAACGCGCUCGAUUUGUUUCCGUCGCGCAAUCUGAGCCGUACGUAUGUCUCAUGUGAUAUCAUUGAUCAGGAUCUGACGGGCGUGAAUCUGCUGAGCGUGCGGCCGCAGUUUCUGACGUUCCUCAACGACUCCAUCAACAAUGAGGGCGGCGAUGAAUCCUCGGUCAUAUCCUCGCUCUCCGAUGUCUCAUCAUCGGCCAGUCGCCGGCCAUGCAAGUGGCAACAGGGCUCGAAGCAUGCGCGCAGUCAAUGCCUCUACUGCACGCGCUCGCGUCGUCAACGCGUGCAGGCCCAGGUGCCGGCACAGGAUAGCAACAGCAACAUCAAUAGUAAUAGUAAUAGUAAUAGCAACAGCAACAGCAAUAGCGCAGUCGCGCCCUGCGAACUGUACAGCAGUGCAUCGGCAACGCUCGUCGCCGCUGGCAUGCAGGCUGGCCCGGCGCUGGCCCGCAAGAGCACGGGAAAGUCGAGCGGCGCUGCGAUACAGCUAGGGGACAUGAGCUUUCAUUCGCCCGAGAGCAUACUGAGCGAAGAGGGUCUGCCGGGCAAGGUGACCGCUUCCAUACUCUACAAUGUGCAACGCAUGGCCAAUCCGGUCAGCGCGAAGCAGUCGAAGAUGUCCCUGCUCGAGCUGAAGCAGAAGCAUCCGCAUGCCUUUCAGGACAUUUGCCUGUACUCGGAGUCCUGCAAGACGCUCGGCCGCAGUAGCUACCGCAUGAGUGCGCGACGCUUCCUGCAGGAGCUCUUCCUGGACCUGAACUUUGACGCGUUCUACGUGGAGCCGCAGCUGAUUAUCAAUGCCCGCAAGCAGCCAGCCGAUGGGUCAGCUGGAUCCCUAAGCUCUGCUGGGGCUUCAACAUCAACGAAUCCAACAGCGGCAACGCCAACGUCAGCAUCAGCAGCAGCAGCGACCCCAACGGCAGCAGCAACAGCCACAACGCCAACAUCAUCAUCAUCAGCAGCAGCACAGGUAGCAGGAAGUCCUUCGAAUCCAACACUAUUAUCUCAUAAGGCACAGCUGAAGCCAAAGCAGACGGCGCAACUAGCGAGCGUGUACGAGACCAGCUGGGAGAACCUACUCAUGGAUCAGUCGCCGCGCGUUGGCGAGCACAUCGGCGCCAACGAGUCUACGGUGCAGGCAUAUUCUGGACUGCCACGUCGGAAGACUGCGGCGGAAACCCACAAUGAGCCGCCCAUUGACGAGGCGAGGAUUAAUGAUUUAAUGAAGCUAGUUCGGAGUCGAUCGCCGCGCAUCGGGGCCAACAAGGCUCCAGUGCAGACUCCGGCCAACCGCAAUGAGCUGCACAUUGACGAUGCGACUGAGGAUGCAAUGAGCAGCGACGAGGAUGCUGGCGAAGAUGUCUGUGAUGGCAGCCUUGACGAGACACAGGCCAGCAGUGUGAGCGCUGCAAACCCCGCCCUCCCUGCCCUCCAGAAUAACAAGCGCUGCAGCGGCGGUGCGAUUAGUCAAAUGCAGGAAUCACCACCGCCGACGGCGACUGCGACUGCGACUGCAACUGCGACAACAACGACGACGGCGACCUCCUUAUCAUCAUCAGCCGCAACAACUCCGAUAGAGAGCACGACGUGUGCUAAUCUUCAGAACGAGAAUCGUCAGUAUACACGCGGACGUUCCUGUACGCUGGAGCUGGAUUUGAGCUGCACGAAGAAUAAAUUCCCGAUCACGAAUCGGAAUCGAACGACGGCCACAAAGUCGGACCAGGGAUCGAUGCUGGGCUCAAUGAUUGCUCGACAAAUAAGCCUGGAUAAGCUCUACUACACCAGAAUGACCAAGAGCCUGACUGCAUCCGCAGCGAAGCCCGUGGGCAGUCUGUACUGCGAGAAGCGCCUGCAGAGCUCCAAGUCGGAGGCGCUGCUGGAUAAGGGCGGUGGCAGUGGCGAUGGCGGUGCUGGAGACGGAGACGGUGACGGUGUUGGGAAUGUUUCCAAUGAUACUAUCAAUUGGACGCCACCCAAACGGAGCUAGAAGACAACGUGAUCCCGAUCCAUAUCCAGAUCAAGCAUACAGCAUCAACGCCCGCCCUGCAAGUAACUAGACUUUUCUCUAAUGGAUUAAGUUCUUUUAGCUUAACGCGAUAAGUUGUCCAUGGUUUAUAUUCGAUUUUUUUUUUAAUAUUCGCUGAGCGAUUUAUGUAAGUUGUGCAUAUAUAAUAUAUACAUAUAUAUGUUACGAUCAC